AAAGUUACCGCUGAGUUUAUUAUUUUUACCGUGAACCUCAUAAAAUAAUAUUAAUUUGGUGUCUGUUUAAUGGAAUUUUUACUCAAAGUUAUUGAAUUCUUUUAUUUCGUAUAGCUCGUCACGAUGUCGAAAUAUCCAAUUCAGUUGCCCCCUGAAAAUACAGUUGGUCUCAUGCCGCUUAUCAAUGCCCUCGUGAAACCCCCUGAUCAUUCUGAGAUGCCAAAGGCUACCACCAAGAAGUUAAACUCAUAUUACCGAAAACCUGGUCGGGGUCAUAACAAUGAUAUUUGUUACUACUGUAGUGAAGGAGGAGAUUUGAUAUGCUGUGAUCGAUGUCCGUCAAGUUUUCAUUUGGGAUGCCAUGACCCUCCCCUAGAUGAAGAGGAAAUACCAAAUGGCAUCUGGAUUUGUAACACAUGUAAGAGGAAAGAUAAUAGCAAUAUGAAAAGUUCACCAUAUGACAUGACUUCUUCGGGGGAAAUCAAAUUAAAGAAUCAGAAAACUUCUACUAGUCUACGUAGGAAACUGUCUACAAUAACCACAAUCAAAGACGAAGAAAUGGAGCGAUUUGCUCAUCUACCAGAAACCCGUAAUGUACAAACUCCCUUGGAUCAUUUGAUCAGAGCAGCUCGGAUGUUGAACCCAAGACAGUUUGAACUUCCCAAGGACAUAAGCAUGAAUUUUCCGUUUCCUGGAACUGAUAAACAAGAUGCAUCUCCGAAGAAUUCCAAUGGCAACAAAAGAGGCCCUAAAAAUCGAAAAUUGCAUGAGCUGGAUGUUCACGGAAUGGUGCCACUACCGGCAAAAACAUGCCACACAUGCGGAAAAUCAUGUCGUAAAGCUCCGCUCAUUUCAUGUGACUAUUGUGAUCUGUUUUUUCAUCAGGACUGUGUAGAUCCCCCCCUAACGGCGCUUCCAACUGCCAUGUGGAUGUGCCCAAAUCACGUGGAACAAUUUGUGGAUUGGAAACUGAUAAACUCAGUGUCAGCUACCGAAAGGAUUCGGCUAUGGAAUAAAUUUAAAUCAUCCAUUGAUCAAGAAACAGUUAAAAAUGAAUUCCUGCGUAAAAUACACCGGCGCAAUCCACCUUUCCGUAUCAAACAAAAGGCAAAGAUACGAGGGCGUUUAACGAUACCACCCAAUAUUAAAUAUCAUUAUGAAAACAGAAUUAUGCUGAUGCCAUCACUUAGAGACUUUUUAAGAAAUGAAAAUAUAGGUCGUUCGUGUAAGUUACCAAAAUGGUCUUACAACGACUUAAAUGUGUUGUCGAUAAUUGAUGUAGAUUUGGAAUUAAUUAGAAAUGCAUCAAUUAAGGUUUCACCCAACAAAAGCAACAGUGAUCAUGAGAUUACAGAAAACUGUUCUGACUCAGAAGUAAAAGAAGAGACAAACAUGAUUAUAUCGGGAAACUUGCGAAAAGAUAAGGAAAAAUUAACAGCAACUGAUCAGUUAAAAAGUCUCGAUAAAUCUGUUAUACAUAAAUUAGCCCUCGAACGUUUACAGCAACUUAUUUCAUCUCAAGAUGACAAAAGAAGAGACAAAAAAACAACUGUUGAAGUUCUAUCAGCGUAUCUUGAAAAAAAUGAGAAUGAUCCAUCUAUAAAUUUACCGAGUCAGUUGAUUACUAAAGACGAUAUAGAACGUAUUGCUCGAGAUUUUACAAGCCCAAAAAGGGAAAUCGUGUUGUCAGAAGAGAGGUCGUCUUGCACUAUCAAAGAAAAUGAUAACAAUGCUAAAGGCAAUACGCAAGAUGUUGCAGUAACAAAAAAUAUGUUUGAUUCGAUUUCUCAUGUCGACAUUAGGAUAAGAGCCGUUCUAACACCGGUUUACUUCGACGAAACAGUUGAUUAUUCCCGUUCCAUGUUUAUGCGCUAUCGAAAACUGAGAAUUGGCAGGGGCCAAGGUUGUGACAUAAUGCUGCAGAAGUUUGGAAAAUGUCAGUAUGUUUCUGAAAAACAUGCCGUCAUUUUCUACGAUGAGAUUUCUCAAUCGGCACUGCCAACAGAAACACGAACGAAACACAAGGCCCUCACUCGAGCCCGUACGCGCCGCCCGGUGACGAAAAGAGGGCCGCCUCGAACCAUUCGGAGAGCCGCCGCGCGCUGCAUUGUGAGCCGCUGCGUCCUGUUCUUUGAGCCAAAAGAGAGGCCUCACCCGCCGCUCGAUUAGGACGCGCGAGAGCUAGCCGUGCCUGUUUGACUCGGCCGCUCGCGCAGAUUUCGGAUAGUGCCAGUGAUGUCAACCUUCCAGAUUUUGUCUGGAUCUUCCAGACUUUUUGGACUUUUGCCAGACAUUUUUUUAGGUUUCCAGACUUCCAGACUUUUGGCAUUUCUUCCAGACAAUUCCAGACUUUUGUGUUUGGACAUAAAUUGUUCUAAGAUUCUAUGAAAAUUCAAUUUUGUCAGGGUGUAAUAUGGCAGGAAACAGGGUGGCCACCCAUUCGGGAAAUGCGGGAAAAAGACGGGAUUUGGAAUCCACCGGGAAAAAUGCAGGAAAAAGCCGGGAAUUUCUCCCGAAAAGUCUGGAAUUUUUGGCUCGGUGAAAGUCUGUUCAAUGAAGUUUGAACGAAAAAGGCGAAACAAUUAAAAAUUGAUUCACAGUUGAUCAUCAAUCUCUUUCCGAUUGGCUUCGACCGAUUUCUACCAGGUCGAAAUGGAUCCUCCUACCGUGUUGGAUCGGUUUUGACUAGUUUUAACUUGCUUCAUUGAACAACGGGAAUAACCGUAACGAAAUCGAUAAUCCAGUAUGCUCGUUAUACUCACUCGAGAGAUGUCGAGUCCUAUUAAAACAAAAAAAAGGAAAACAAUCUGUUAUAGAAACUAUUGCAAAUCGGAAGCGAGAGGCGGCCGAGGAGGCGAAACAAUUGAAGCUUCUAUCCGACGCUCAUAGAGAGGAAGUAUGAUGGACGACAAAAUUUGUACUCGGCCAACGGCCAAAUACCGAAUAUUGACCUUUUAAACUAUUCGACCAAACGAAUAUUCGGUCGAAUACUCCAGAGAAUUUUCAAUUAUAAAACCAAGAGCGAUUAUUUCAUUUUCCUUAUAUUUGUUCCAUUGUAAUACCCCUCAUGUUUUGAAUCGAUCAUUUCCAAUCAGAUGAUAUUACCAUAUGAUGUAUUACGAGGUCUUUUUCAGGUAGGGGUUUCUCUGAUAUUCAAAAUGUCUCAAAGAAUUGAAAGGACAUUAGAUGACUUGUCGCUGCUAGGGCUUUGGUUACCAAAGAUAUUUGGAUCUUGUGAAAUCUGGAACAAAACAUGUCAAAGCAGGUGCUAAGCAAUUUGAAAUUGCUUAUUUGAUAUUGAAUAAUAUGAAGGUCGGAUUUGAGCAAAAUAUCUUCAGAAUACUAGUUUCAAAGAACGAUGAUUUUUAACUUACAUAAAAAUACCAUACUUUCCAUCACCCGUUUAUGGUCGGGCAAUUCAGGACGAUUUUUGAAAAAAAUUUAAAAACAAAGGCAAAUCUUAGAAAUCUAGGUCUAGGUAGGUGGAUUUUUGUUUUGUUUCCUGUUUUACAAAAUCGGGAAUUUCAUGUUAACAUGCGGGAAAAAGUCGGGAAAAAUGCGGGAAAUCCAAAAUGGAUUUCGAGUGGCCACCCUGAGGAAAUGAUUAGUAGAACCUAUGAACUAUGAAUUCAAUAAGGGUUCGAAACCUUGGCAAAUGCUUUGAGGAUGUAUGUUAAAUUGGAUGUAUGUUAAACUGAGAGCACGUGACUGAUAUAGUGACAGAAAAAUACUAUUGUAACAUUGAGAUCUGGGGACCAAAAAAAAGGUCGCCACCUUCAAAACUUAGGUGUCCAGACAUUUGCAGAAAUUUCCAGACAUUUUUUAAAAA